GGCAAUUUCAUCGCCCCUAUGAUAGGCGCCCUCGUCAUCCAUACGUUGCCCGACUAAACGACUGGUCACAGCCCCCUAUGGUGGACCGGAAUCAACGAUUAUGAUAGUGUAUUGUCUGAUUUGUAUCCCUGAUUAGGCCCGUAAAGCUCUGGUGCCAUGUGCGGACCGCCUAUAGUGUCCACCGGAGCAUAAAAGGAUGUGGACCAAAUUUCUCGUCGUUCCGCCCGCUCCUGAUCCCAUACUCACUAUUAUAAUAUAUCAUAACCGACACUCCAUUGUGCUAUCUACAUUAUAUAUAGUCAUGUGUAAUCUUGUAGUGCCCAUCCGAACCUGUUCAAAGUGCCACCGAAAGGAGCGGUUGUUUGGGGACGGUAAUACCUCCAGCAGUGACAAGAUAGACAGCCAGGGGCUGUUGGGAUACAUGGAUCCCGCUCAAGAUUGCUACUCCCGCUGGUGUAUCUUUAGCAGCGAACAUCCGAAGUCCUGCAGUCACUGCUGGAUUACGUGCAAGCAUUCGCACGGAAAGACGAGGGAGAUUCAAGGUGGUUCGCCUUCCUACGUCUGCUACGGAUGUGCCCCUCGUGAAAGAAAACGACAAACAUGGAAGCCACCACGACCCGUGCACACGAAGACGAUGUCCUCAAGUUCCUUCCCACAGUUUCCUCGGCGUCAGCAAGCUAGUAACUGCACUCGCACGAUAGCAAGCCGCACUGCCAUCCAGGGCGACGGCUGCGUUCCCUUGCCUCUGUUCGUGGACUUUGACCGGACGAAAGCUUCCCUUUGAGCUGUUGGGUAACACUCCCCAUCCUCCCAUGUACUUCUUUCUUGAUAGACUACAUGCUGGAUCGUCUUGGGCAAAUGUACAGUACAGUCGUCGCCUUCAGUCCUACGUCGCAGAUGUGUUGCAGUGCCAAAUGGAAAGGAAGUCACACGAUGGCUGUGAGAUCCACAGCCGCAGUGCCAGAG